AUGGAUGCUAAUUUACCUUAUUCCGUUGAAUAUGCAAAAAGUUCGCGAGCUUCUUGUCAAAAUUGCAAACAAUCUAUUCAGAAGGAUUCAUUAAGACUCGCAACCAUUGUUCAGAGUCCAGUUCAUGAUGGAGUGAUACCAAAGUGGUAUCAUCCAGCUUGUUUUUUUAUGAAACAAAGGCCAAAAUCAACUGCAGAUAUUUCUAAUUAUGAUAAUAUUCGAUGGGAAGAUCAAAAGGAUAUUGAAAAGAGAAUUGAGGAAUCAAGCAAACUUCCAUUACCUGUAUCUGGGAGAGGCAGAAAACGUAGUGGUACUGUUAAAAAUGCAGGACCAUUAAGUGAUUUUCUUGUUCAAUAUGCAAAAUCUAAUAAGUCAACUUGCAAAGCCUGUGAUGAAAGAAUAGUACAGGGUGAAAUAAGGGUAUCAAAAAAAGAUUUUGAAAGUGAACAUGGAAGAAGAUAUGGUGGUGUAGAUAGAUGGCAUCAUCUUGAAUGUUUUGUUAAAGUAAGAGAAAGUUUUAAAUUUUAUGAGAGUGGCGAUACACUUCCUGGCAAAGAAGAUCUUUCUAAAGAUGAUCAGCAAAAACUUAAAGCUGCUUUGCCAAAAAUUAAGUCAGAUGAUAUUCCACCAGUUAAGAAAAUUAAGAAUGAACCAGAAGAUGUGGAAGAAGAGAAAGCAAUGAAGAAACAGAAUGAUGAAUUAUUUGUAAUUAAAGAUAUGUUAUCUUCUAUGAAAAAAUCUGAUCUCAUUGCCAUGUUGGAAAAAAAUGACCAACAAAUCCCAGAAGGAGUAUCAGCUAUAAUAGAUCGUUUAUCAGAUGUAAUCAGUUUUGGUGCUUUAAAGCCAUGUCCAAAAUGCUCUGGACAGUUUGUAUACAAUUCAGGUAUUGGAUACAAAUGUACUGGGGAUCUGACAGAAUGGACUAAAUGUGAAAAUGUAACACAGGAUCCUAAAAGAAAGAAAUUUGUAAUACCAUCAGAUUUAAAAGAAUCAUAUCCAGAUCUCAAAUCUUUAAAAUGCAAAGUUAAAAAACGGCUCAUAAAGAUCACAGCACCAUCUACAUCGAGUGCGGUAAAAAAAGAGGAUGAGGUUGAUUCUGGGCCUAAGGUUGAUGCAAAAUCAAAACCAUUGAAACAUAUGCAGUUUGUUAUUCUAGGACAUACAAAAAAAGAUAAGGAUACUUUGAAAAAGGAUAUUAUGCUUCUGGGUGGAGAUGUAACUACAAACAUUAAUGAGCAUUUAACUGCUGUUAUAUCAACACAAAAUGAAAUUGAUAAAAUGAAUAAAAGAAUGAAAGAAGCUAAAGAUUUUAACAUUCAAGUUAUUACUGAAGACUUUGUUGAAGAAGCUAAAGAGUACACAAAGUCUGCUGUUUCACUCAUUACAAAGAAAACUAUUUCAAGUUGGGGUGGUAACUUAGCUGAUAGAAUUAAUGUUGUGGCAGAAAAAUCAAAUGCUUCAAAAAGUAAAAGUAAAGGUAAAAGUGUCUUUGAGAAGUCAGGAUCUGGUAAAAUGAAACUGCAAUUAAAAGGAGGUGGAACUGUCGAUCCGGAUAGUGGUUUGGAAGAUUGUGCACAUGUAUACCAAGAGAAUAAAAACAAGUACACAGUUACAUUGGUACUUACAGACAUACAAACUAAGAAAAAUAGCUAUUAUAAGUUACAGAUAUUAAAGCACGAUAAGGAAAAGAAAUAUUGGUUAUUUAGAAGCUGGGGUAGAAUAGGAACAACUAUUGGUGGUACCAAAUUGGAUAAAUUAUCUUUGGAGGAAUGUAUCGACCAAUUUGAAUGCCUAUAUGAAGAAAAGAGUGGAAACUUGUGGAGUCAAAGGGAACACUUUGUUAAAGUACCUCACAAAAUGUAUCCAGUCGAUAUUGACCAUGGAGAGGAAGUGACAAUGAAAUUAUUAGACUCUGAUAUUAAGAGCGAGCUAGAGAAAUCAGUUCAAGAUUUAAUAAAACUGAUCUUUGAUGAGGCAACUAUGAAAAAAGUGAUGGCAGAGUUUGAGAUUGAUACAGAGAAAAUGCCGCUUGGAAAAUUGUCUAAAAAGCAAAUCCAAAAGGCAUAUUCAGUAUUAACAGAUUUACAAGAAGUGCUAAAGAAAAAGAACUUCGAGAGAGUUCAGUUACUUGAUGCAUCAAAUAGAUUUUAUAAUUUAAUACCGCAUAAUUUUGGAGUAUCUGAACCUAAAAUCUUGGAUACAAUGGAAGAAAUUCAUGCUAAAUGUGAAAUGUUGGAUGCAUUACUUGAAAUGGAGAUUGCCUACUCUCUUUUGCAUACUAAGACGGAUAAGACGAAGAAUCCACUUGAUGCUCACUACAAGCAAUUAAAUACAGACAUUAAGGUAUUGGAUAAGGAAAGUGAAGAAUAUAACGUUAUUAAACAAUACGUGCAGAAUACACAUGGAAAGACUCACACGCAAUAUGAUCUUGAAAUUGAAGAUGUGUUUGUUAUUAAGAGACAAGGAGAGGAUGGUAGAUUCAAACCAUUCAAGAAGUUACCGAAUAAAAAGUUAUUGUGGCACGGUUCCAGAACCACUAACUUUGCUGGUAUACUUUCUCAAGGAUUAAGAAUAGCUCCUCCAGAAGCUCCUGUUACUGGUUACAUGUUUGGUAAAGGUAUAUACUUCGCAGAUAUGGUUUCCAAAUCUGCGAAUUAUUGUUGUACAAAUAGUGAAAGUCCUAUGGGAUUGUUAUUGCUUUGCGAGGUAGCAUUAGGUAACAUGUAUGAAAGAUAUCAAGCAGAUUAUAUUGAGAAGUUACCGAGUGGGAAACACUCAACGUGGGGUCGUGGUAUAACACAACCUGAUCCAGAAAACGUUUACAAAAUGAAAGAUGGUGUUGAAGUUCCAUAUGGCGUACCUAUAUCUACUAAACUACCGAAAAAAUCUGAACUAUUAUACAAUGAAUACAUUGUAUACGAUAUUGCUCAGGUGAAAGCACGAUAUUUAUUGAAAAUGAAUUUCAAGUAUAAAGUAUAA